UCUUGCCUGGACAGGCUGCUAACGGAGGGCUCGCCGCUUGACGCAGGUGUCCAGCUGGAUGGAUAACAGCAAUAUUUAGUCGCAUUGGUUUUUUAAAUCUUAAUUAAGGAAACGCUGAACAACAUUGUUUUUAACAGAUUUGUUAUAAUAGCUCUAUAUCCUUGGUGCAAUCUGACUGUGGACGCUUUUGUUCUUUUCGGACUGCAGAAUCGGGUUCGUAAGGUUGGUCGGCUUCACUUUAAUACUCAUUUGCGAGUUACAUUUACUGCUGUGAUAAAAGCCAGUGUAAUACAUUUUCAUGCCAGAUUUGGAGCAUUUCAGAUUUUCCUACAAAAACAUGAAUUCUUAUGUCGGGGCAAACGUCGUUUUGCUACAGCAGCAGCAUCAGAACCAAGUACCAAUCCAGCCGGAUUCGGGCCUUUUACCCGAUCCGGGUUUUGGCUCUGCUGAUCCCGGGUUCAUCCUCGGUGACCAUAACUCUGCGGGACCGGAUGGGUCAUCCGUUCUCGACUUCGACUCUCUGCCCCAAUCGGGGCUCCAGUACUUACACCUCACUAACUCCCUGUACCGCUUACCACCGCGUCCACCCGCCGCAAUGGCUCUGCGUAACGACCUGGGCUCCAACAUCAGUGUUUUAAAGACACUCAAUUUGCGUUUUCGCUGUUUUUUGGCUAAAGUGCAUGAACUGGAGAGGCGAAACAAGACACUGGAGAAUCAGCUGCAGCAGGCUUUGGAAAGUAACGGUGCUGAUAGCGGAGGAGUAAUGACGGGGCACGGGAGAAGGCCCGUGACCAAAGAUGUUGGUAUUCAGACUGGCUUAAUCGGGACAGUCCCAGUUAGACCCGAAUUGUUUCUCCAGAAUGCAAAUAACCCGGUUUACCGAUCUGGAAGCAUGUUUAUGCCUACAAUUGGUUCUGUUUUCACGUAUGAUGUCAAUAACAAGGUGUCAACUGGAAACGCCAAUGAUGCUGCGGACUCAAACUCCAACCCAAGCCCCAACAUCCCUGUGUGUCCAGGAACCGAGCACCAGGCCAGGAUCAUCUCCAACAUCAAUGAGACCAAUGUCACUAACAUGAGCACCGGUACAGGCCCGUCCACAAACCCGCCGCCCAGGUUCCUGCCUGGUACCAUUUGGUCAUAUAACCACACGCGCAAGUUCGGCUCCGGCCUGGAGACGCGGCUCGCGGGACCCGGGGUGUCAUGGGUGCACCCAGAUGGGGUGGGGGUCCAGAUUGACACCAUCACCCCUGAGAUACGGGCUCUUUACAACGUGCUGGCAAAAGUGAAGCGAGAAAGAGACGAAUAUAAGCGCAGGUGGGAGGAGGAAUAUACAGUCAGGAUGGACCUUCAGGAGAAGGUGGCUGAGCUGGAGGAGGAGCUCCAGGAGAGCGAGGUGUGUCAGGAUGAGCUGGAGCUCAGGGUGAAGCAGCUGAAGGCCGAGCUGGUUCUCUUCAAGGGCCUCAUGAGCAAUGACCUGUCAGAGCUCGACAGUAAGAUACAGGAGAAGGCUAUGAAAGUGGACAUGGACAUCUGUCGCAGGAUUGACAUCACCGCCCGUCUCUGUGAUGUGGCCCAGCAGCGCAACUGUGAGGACGUGAUACAGAUUUUCCAGGUGCCCACGCCUCCAUCCACUCUGAGCCGCCGCCCUCGUAAGCAGACCCAGCAACCUUCCUCCACCAAUGAGACAGAUGAUCCCACCAGUAUGUCUGAGGGCGACAGUGGCGGCGGCACUAAGGAUGAGGAGAUGUGCGGCUCUUCAACCAAUCAGAUCAAUGAGGAAGUACAGAGGAUGCUCAAUCAGCUGAGAGAAUGCGAGUUUGAGGAUGACUGUGACAGCCUGGCCUGGGAGGAGACAGAGGAGACCCUGCUCCUCUGGGAGGAUUUCCCCGGAUACGCCCUCGGGGCUGACCUGCAGGGGGAGGUACGUCAGGGAGAGCAAGAAGAAUCCAUUGAAAAAGUGAUAAAGGACACAGAAUCACUCUUCAAGUCAAGAGAGCGGGAAUAUCAGGAGACUAUAGACCAGAUUGAACUGGAGCUGGCCACAGCCAAGUCAGACAUGAACCGGCACCUGCACGAGUACAUGGAGAUGUGCUCCAUGAAGCGUGGCUUGGACGUGCAGAUGGAGACAUGCAGGAGGCUAAUCACACAGACGGGGGACCGCAAAUCCGCCUCAUUCCCCUCUGCGCCGUCCGAGGAAAACGAGGAGCCGGAGAGGAAGAAGUCGUCUGCCUCUGACCUGGGGAGAUAGCGGCCGCUUUUCGCACAGGAGCCUGGGAAGAGCGUGUGACGGCAAAGACCAUCUUUAGGAAACCAUCAUUUAUACGUUUGCCAUGUAAUAUCCUCUGAUUGGCUUCAUAUCUUUUGGGUGUCUGCCUUUUGGUGGAACACAAUUUUAUUACAACAUUUUAAAGCUCUUGUUUCAUAUGAACGUUAAUGAACUAUCAAAGUUCAGUGAUGUUUUUGUAAAAGCACUUAUUUUUGCUAUUCUGCCCUGCACCGCACUCCUGUUACCUGAAGCCAAUUCUGGCAUGUAAUGUGCAGAGACUUUUGUCCAAAGCAACUGAGAUGUGAGGAAGCAUGAGGGCGAGAUCACAGGCUCAGACAGUAGUCGGCGCCCCCACAGUUCCUGGGGCCCAGGGCCUUUCCCCAGGGACCCAUUACUCUGCCGGUCGCGGUCCCAGCCAAUCACAUGGGAACAGAUCCUGAGCUGCACUCUGACUGAAAUAAUGUAAUUAACAUCCAAUCGUAUUCUGUUUUUACCUGCACUCUCUCUCUUCACUAUACUUACUCAAACAACAGAGAUGGCAUUAAGUACAGGGCAUCUAGGAAGGAGUCUUGUCAUUUAAGUUCAGAAAUGGAAAAUACCUCAUUUAUUCACAUUUAACUUUAGUUGAAAAGUGUGAAGUGUAGAAUGUUGCCUGAGAUUUUGUAGAUGGCACAGAAAAUGCGCACGUGUAAUGACAUCCUGAAGUUUAAUUUGCGGCAAGCAGGACAGUUGUUCUUUUAAACUAGAUAAAAGAAGCAAAGGUCUAUUUAGGGUUUAAUAUAAUUCGUAAAUAUACAUUUAAUAUUUUGCUGCAGAUCGGCAAACCGGUCACUCCCUUCACACCAAACUGACGCUUCUGAAUUUAAAGUAUCGGCAAGUUCAAAACAUACUGACGGGUUUUUAAUUAUUAGCUCAUGCAAGGCUGCUGAAUAUAAAUACUAAAAUAUGUUUUGGGUUACAUGUACAGUCAGUUCUGCUACAAGUAAUACUUCCCUGAAAAACCUCGCGUUAGCAUAGUAAAAUACACAUAUCCAAUGAGACUCCAAAACUUAAUAACAUGCCAAACUAAAUGAAUUAAAUAAAAACAGUGAUACUUAUGGCCAGUAAAGUAAUUCUUUGCAUUUAAAAUAAGAAAUAAUAAUACAUUAAUAGAUUAUGUCAUAAACAUCUUCUGUGGGUCUUAUGAGUCUCAGGAAAAUUGCCUAGCAACUGUUUCGACCAAACUUCUCACUUGUGGAUUGCUGAAAGUCGGGAAGCAGUGAUGGCCAAAAUGAAGCUUCAUGAACCAUUUGCUGUAUUUUCUGACCCCACUAGAUGGUGCCCUUGCUUUACUUUGGGGGCAUACUUUGAACCCUUUUUUAAACCGACGCUAUCUAGUGGGAUCAGAGAAGACAGCAAAUGCUUCAUGACGCGUCAUUUUGGUCAUCAUCAGUUGGGAGUAGUGAACUAAAGCCACCAUAAUAAAUGGCACGCACACAGCACAAAUACAGCGGAUUACGGUAUGCAGGGGUUACUGAAGGCAACAGGACUACAGACAGUCUGCGAAAAAUAAAUAUGUGAAUUUAAAAAGGUUGCUUUGUGUUUUUAUAUGAUUAUUUGUAACAUUUUUGACUUUUAGAAUCUAGGACUGACCUGUACAAUGCAUGCAUGUAUAAAAAGUUUGAUCUUAUUAGAUUUGAAAACCGGUUUGACUAACUUAAUGAAAAGAACCGUUUUAAAAGAACACUUCCUUCAGAAAUCGGACAUCACUGUCGUUCACUUGGAUAGCUGUUUUUGCGCGCAAGUAGUGUUUCUCGUUAGGAGCAUAGGGUAGUUCACGUUGGGCUUUUCUCUCCGACUGAAAAUCGUGCAAAUACAAAUGCAAUUCCGUGGUGUAUUGGACUUGGGUCCUAAUAUGUCAGCCGCGUUAGAACAGAUUCACGGUGUGAUAUGAUGCAGUGUAGCAGGACUGACUGUCAUCACUGGGCAGCCUGCCGUUUAGUGCUGCUAAACAAUGUAGAUACUCCUGCUUGGUGAAUGACAUGGCCUUCCGCCGACUGCGUCGCUGGGUCCUGGCCUCACACUGGCGUUACCAGGGAAACCGGAUGCUAAAGGCUGGCUUCAUGGUGAUGUAAUCUGUGAGUAGGUUCUAGUGACCAGAUGCAAUAGUGACCAGAUGCAAGGCAAACUGCUAUCUCAGUGUUACCACUGUUAACAUUAGACAUCUGUAGGAUAUACACCAAAACAUAUUUUAUAUAUUUUAUUUGAUCCUCAUUUGCUUGUAUAGUGCCAUUUCAGAACAAAAAUACACUGGAAUAUGUAUGUUGUAACAAUAGGAGUUGACAUUUAUAUAAUUCUGUAAAGGCUUUUUAGAUACAAAUGUUAAGAGUUUGAGAGAAAAUGCACUAAGCAAAAGAUGCUUCAAAUGUAAGAAAUCAUCCCUUUGCUGUACUGCACAUAUAGCAUUGCUGACUGUGCGUGUGUCUGUAUGUGUAAGAAGCCAUGGAACUUUAGGAAUACAUGGAAUAAGCACUUUACUCACUUUCAGCGAGUCCAAAAUACACAUGCAGUGUGGUAUAAACUUUCAUUAGCGCUGAUCCAGGCUUGCAGGUUUUUGCAUUAGUUAUCAAUAAGAUAUUUUGGCAUUUGGUGUGUUACGUAUUUCACUGAAUACAUCUUAAUUCAGUGAUAUCAUGUGUGAACUUGUUUUACAUUCAUAACUGUUAUGUGUAAACGUAAAACUUUUGCUGUAUACAUUACGUGCUACCUUGCUAAAGUACAGACAGAUGAGAGCACAAGGGGAUUUAUGCUUAGUCAGCUUUAUGUACGUGCCAACUGUCAUAUAUACAAUGCUGCUUGCUCUUCCUUGCGUUUUUGCUAUACCUCUGGAAGGGGAAUACGGCCUAGAGAAUAAAGAAUGA